UCAUGACGUCACUGUAAGCGGAAGUGAAGGAGAGUUCCAGAAAGAGCGGCGGGUGCGCGAGAUUCACAAACACACACAACUAUAACAAUAACUACUGUAAUCAUAAUAACAGAGCGAUACUGUACAGUAUUAUAAGGGAGUAUCAGCUGACAGAAUCACUGACUAUCCAUCAUGACGACCAUCGAUUACAGUGUGUGGGAUCAUAUCGAGGUUUCUGAUGAUGAAGAUGAUACUCAUCCGAAUAUCGACACUCCGAGCCUGUUCCGCUGGAGACACCAGGCUCGGGUGGACCGUAUGGAGGUGUUCCUGAAGCAGGGCGAGGAGCUGGAGAAGAGCCUGAUGGAGAGCAGGAGGAAGCUGGAGGAGGCGCAGCGCAGGGUGAAGGAGCUGAAGGAGAAGGAGGAGGUGAAGGAGGCCGGGUCCACAGACCAGGAGAAGGAGCUGAGUAAAGCCCAGGCGGAGGAGAAGCAGCUGAGGAAGGAGGAGCGGUCCUGGCAGAAGAAGAUGGAGGAGCACCGCAGAGAGGAGAAGAAGAUGCCCUGGAACGUGGACACACUCAGCAAAGAGGGCUUCAGUAAGGUGCGACACACUCAC